UGGUCUCCGCCUCCAAACGCUGAAAUUUCAGCGAUCGCACCUUGCCAACGGUAACAGUCGCGCGCCAAAGCUCUUUCAGAGCGCAAGUGAGCUUCCUGAAAUUUCCUGAAAGCGUCUUUGCGGACUUCGGUGCUAGCUUCGGACUGAAAGCGGUUGAGAUCUUCGCAGCGACUAUGAUAUGGUCGCUGUGUUAGAUCUUCUCCGGUGGAAUUUAUCGCCUAUGGAAGAACCGGACUCCUGGAACUCCUCCUACGUCAACGUCAAGGACAAUGCGAGCAUGUGGGGCGAUCGCUAUUUCUUCACUUAUUUUACUCAGCUUAAUGGUCGUGAUGAUAAGUCUCUAUCUCUGGAGCUGGCCCUACUCCUCUCGCUAUUCGUCAUAGGAAUCGUCGGGAACGCUUCCGUGCUGGCCAGCAUUUUCAGAUUUAAGGACUUGAGGUCGGUUACGAACUACUUCGUCGGAAAUCUUUCCACUGCUGAUUUAGUCCUGAUAUGUUCGAGUCCUGUCGUUGCGUAUGCAAGGACCACUGCGUCGUGGGUACUGGGCGACAUCGCCUGCAAACUCGUACCGUAUACCCAGUUUGUCUCUGCGGUCGUCCUCCUCUGGACCGUCACCUUCAUCGCCAUCGACCGGUACAAGUGCAUCGUGGUGCCCCCGUAUCGUUCCACCAUCACCGUGCGUCGCACCGUCCAAAUCUGUCUAGUUUUAUGGCUGAUAAGUUCCGUCCUCUUCAUUCCUAUCUUGUUAUGGUUCCAAACCAUCAGUAUAGACUCCUCUACAAAAAUAUGUACUUUAAUCUUUCCAAAAACCUCAGUCAUUCCUCUCUCCACAUUCUACGUCAUGCCGAUAGUAAUAGUCGCAUGCGUUCUGCCGAUUUUGACCCAACUGGUGCUAUACCAGAGGAUAUUCAAUAAGAUGAUAUCCACCCGAGGAACGUGGGCCUCUUCUUGCGUCAUGGUCAGUUCCGUAGAGCCUAGAGGUGUCAACGGCAAUAAGAACCGUCAAGGACGGCGCCAGUCGGAGCUGAGCAUCUCCGACAUAUUCGUACCAUGGACUCGAAGACUUUCUGUGACCACAUCUAACGGUUCUAACGGUAGGCAAGGAUCCCUCUCCCAACAAGAGGAAGUGAGAGUCAACAGACACAUCAAAGUCAUUAGAGUGCUCUUCUUGAACGUUAUCUUCGUGAUAGUCAUGUGGACCCCCAUCAUCAUCGUUUUGGUGUUGUUGUACAUAGACGGUACUAGACCAAAUGAAGACACGAAUUUCUUCAUGCGAUCAUAUCACUUGAUGGGUGCGUUGAUCAUCGCAUACUUCAACACGAUAAUCAAUCCCAUCAUCUACGGGAUACUAUCGGACAACUUCAGAGCGCACAUGUUCUUCUGGAAGAGGAGCUCGCAAGACGCCAGUGCACCAUCUACUAGCCGGAAUAACACCAUGAGAAACCGCGCCCAGAAUUUCGAAACUAGCGAAACCUAAAACGCAUUGUAGUGGAUUUUCUGUUUGGUGUACCCUACGUAUGGAAAACCCUUCAAUGUCACCCGAAAGUAUAAAAGGCUGUGAGAUGGUUUUGGCUGUGUGUAGGCAUAGGGAAUUAAGAUAUUGUAGGUGAGACGUGUGAAGACUAGGUUACGAAAGUCAUAAAAAUUAUUGACAGGAGUUAUCCCUAUGUUCAGUGUUGUUCGUUUAAGAAUAUAUGUGAACGAAGUGUAACAAAAGUGUGGAACGAAGUCAAGCGAGGGUUCCACGUUAUUGCUACACUGUCUACGAUGUAUACAAAUGUAAUUUUGUUAAAGUUGCAUGUUGUGUUAAAGAUUCUUCUCAAAGACUGAGUUUUUUAUUAUUGUAUGUUUAUAUUACAUUCUAUUCGUUUUGAAAGUUCUCACUUCCUUUUUUGACUGGAAAGUCGGUACUUUUUCUUUACGUUUAAAAUUGUCGUAAGAGCAAGUGAGAAUUUUUAAAACGAACCCUGUGUAUAGAAUUUUCUAGGAAUUUCUAUUAAGUAUAUCAAAACUGCAUAAAUCUCAAUGUAUUUAUUUUUCUAUGGUGUCGCAA